GGAGCGGCGGGAGGCGGAGGCGGGCGGGCGGGCGGGGGCGGGGAGCGGCCGGGGGGCGGAGGGGGCCCUGGCCGCCACGGCUCGCUCGCCGCCUCUCCCCCCCGGCGGGAGCCGCUCGCAGCCUCUCUGCACGAGUCGCUCCGCUCUCUCGGUCAUGUGACCUUAACGUAACCGGACAGGAAAAGCCCCGCCGCCGCCGCCGCCGCCGCGCCGGAGACACCGACCGCGGCGGCAGCAGCAGCAGCAGCGAGCGGCGGGGAGGACAGCGCGGCCGACGCGGCCCAGCGGCGCCUCCUGCACGCUCCCCGCCGACAGAUUUUUUAAAAAAUGGAUUUGGCCAACCAUGGACUUAUUCUACUGCAGCAGUUAAACGCUCAGCGAGAGUUUGGGUUCCUGUGUGACUGCACGGUUGCAAUCGGCGAUGUGUACUUCAAGGCACACAAAUCAGUUCUUGCUUCAUUCUCCAAUUACUUUAAGAUGUUGUUUGUCCAUCAGACCAGUGAGUGUGUCCGUUUGAAGCCCACUGACAUUCAGCCCGAUAUUUUCAGCUAUCUCCUGCACUUGAUGUACACGGGGAAGAUGGCGCCCCAGCUCAUCGAUCCUGUCCGUCUGGAGCAGGGGAUCAAGUUUCUGCACGCCUACCCGCUGAUCCAGGAGGCGAGCCUGGCCAGCCAAGGAACCUUCUCGCACCCUGAUCAGGUUUUCCCGCUGGCUUCUUCCUUGUAUGGCAUCCAGAUUGCCGAUCACCAGCUGAGACAAGCCACCAAGAUCCCUGCUGUCCCUGAGAAGCUGGGGCGAGAUCCGAGGCCUCAGGCUGCCAGGAUGAGCCAGGAGCCAGUGCCCGAGGCCUCCCAGCUCUCCCAGCUGCCUCCCAACCUGGCCCAACUGAAUCGGACAAACAUGACUCCCUCAGACCCACUGCAGACCUCACUGUCCCCGGAACUGGUUUCCACUCCCGUCCCUCCCCCUCCUCCUGGAGAGGAGACCAAUAUGGAAGCCUCAUCCUCUGACGAGCAGCCCGCAUCCCUCACGAUUGCUCACGUGAAACCAAGCAUCAUGAAGAGGAACGGAAGCUUCCCAAAGUACUACGCCUGCCACCUGUGCGGCCGACGCUUCACCCUGCGGAGCAGCCUGCGAGAGCACCUGCAGAUUCACACUGGGGUGCCUUUCCCGUCCAGCCAGCAGGGCGAGAGCCGUGUGCCCCUGGCCCUCUGCAGCAAUGCAGCGGACCUCGGCAAGGACCCCUUGGAAGUGCCUGAGGCGGGCAUGAUCAGUGACAGUGAACUGCAGCACGUGUCCGACUCCCCAGUCAUCGACGGACAGCAGCAGUCAGAGACGCCGCCGCCCUCCGACAUCGCCGACAUUGACAACCUGGAGCAGGCCGACCAGGAGCGGGAGGUGAAGAGGCGGAAGUACGAGUGCACCAUCUGUGGACGCAAAUUUAUCCAGAAGAGCCACUGGCGGGAGCACAUGUACAUACACACCGGGAAGCCUUUCAAAUGUAGCACUUGUGACAAGAGUUUCUGCAGGGCCAACCAGGCUGCCCGCCACGUGUGCCUCAACCAGAGCAUCGACACCUACACCAUGGUGGACAAACAGACCCUGGAGCUGUGCACGUUUGAGGAGGGCAGCCAGAUGGACAACAUGCUGGUACAGACCAACAAACCCUACAAGUGCAACCUGUGUGACAAAACGUUCUCGACUCCCAGUGAGGUGGUGAAACAUCCAUGCCAGAACCAGAACUCGGAUGUUUUUGCCCUGGGUGAGGGACGCUCCAUUCUGCUGGGCAGUGGGGACUCUGAGGUCACGGAAGCUGAACACCCGGGGUUAGCUUCCAUCAAAAAGGAACAGGAGACUGUAUUAUUGGACUGAAUGUUACUUACCUUUUUAAAACAAACAAAAAACUUGUUUUUACAAAGACUACCUUCCCUCCCUCCCCUUAGUCCCCAAAUCAGAACUGAAGUUCUCCAUGGCAUGAUACACACGGGUCCCUGCUCCUUGCUCCCCUUCCCUGUCCUCUCGUCCCCCUUCUGCUUGCCCCCAGCCCCACCUCUGUAAAGGCUUUGUGCAUUAUAAACCUGGAAUAUAUUGACUUUAA